AGGUUGGGAUACAGUGGUCUGAACUAAAACACUAAGAUACUUAUCUCCCAAAUGUAGGGUUACAUCGUCUUUUUCACUUUCUAGCUACCCAAUAUAUAUCGUGUAAUCAAGCAAGGAUCUUCUAUAGACAAAGAUCUGAUUUGGGGCAACUAAGAAUCAUUGAAAAUGUCUGAAGAUCAGAAUCAGCAUAACAUAUUAAAUAGUUUGGUCAAUGAUGAGAAGAAAAUCAUUCGUAGAGAAGUUGAAAAACAAAGAAGGAUGCAAAUGUCUAUUCUAUGCUCAUCACUCCGAUCUUCACUUCCUUUUCACCUCAUCAAGGAAAAAAGUUCAGUAUCAGAUAACAUAGGUGAGGCUGCAAAUUAUGUCCAAAAUUUGAAGGAGAAGGUUACUGAACUCGGAAAGAAGAGGGAUAAACUCAAAGAAAUCAUUAGUUCAAGUAUGAUUGAAACUGGAAAUAUUGAAUUAUCAGCAGAUCCUUCAAAUUUGGUGAAGUGUGUCAACAUUAACCUAAUUCCAGAUGGGGUGGAAAUUGUUAUAUGUACUGGUACCGAGGAUCGCAGUUCGCAUUUAUCAGGUUUAAUGAAAAUAAUACUUCAAGAAGGAUGUGAUGUUGUUCACUGUGUUACCAACCAAGUUAAUGGGAACAUAUUUCAUACUAUUAGGUGUGAGGUGGAAGACAUGGCACACCUUGAUCUUACUAGGCUGCAAACCAAACUGGAUCAUGCAAUCUUAUUGUCAAGGUAGUCAUAUAUGUCAUGCUAUGAGGGUAGAACCAAGUGCAAUUUGUGAUAUCAUGACUAUA